AUGUCGGGUAUAGUACAGCCGCUGCCCGCCAUACCGCGCGACAAGAUCGACAUUGCCCUCAUCGACGAGGCGGGGUCGCGCGCGAGGACCUUGAAGCGCAGGAGGAAGGGGCUGAAGAAGAAGGCGCGCGAGCUCUCGAAGCUCUGCGGCGUCGACAUCGCGGUUGUCUGCACCGGCCCCGGCGGCGGUAGCGUGCCCGACGUGUGGGAGUUUGGUAGCGCGGCGGUCAUCGGCAGGUACCGCAGGCUGCCGGCAGACAAGCGGGCCAAGCACACACACCUCAACUACCUCAACGCCAAGUUGGGCAAGGUCCGCAAGGAGCAGGCCAAGCUCGCCAAGCAGGGGCAGGAGGGGCCCAAGAAGCUGGCGUCGCCCGGCGCGGCAUUGUUGAAGGGCAUGAACCUGGAGGAGCUGCUCGGGUCCAUCGACGCUGCGCUGCUGGCCACGACGCAGAGGCGGAAGGCGCUGGGCUUGCCGGAUGAUGCGUCGCCGCAGGUGGCCAAGGGGCCCCGCUCGUCGGCGGCGGCUUGGAUGACGACAUGGAGGCCUGGGUCGACGAGCUCACGUGGCACGGCGUCGACCAGAAUAAUCCGCUUGAUGCCAGCAUGACGAUGCAAGAGCUUGCAUCCGGUGACCAAUACAUCAAGGGCGGCAGCUUGGAGGACAUGGACAUGGGCAGCAACCACUACCGCAAGCUGCAGCAGAUGGGAGGCGAGGUGGAGUGUGACACCCUAGGUGUCUACACAGUAGAACAACAUUUAUUUUCUGUGCUUCACGUGUGAAAUUGCUUGAGUAAGGAUUUAUUUUAAAAAUAUCAGGCCCAUUUGUGUAAAUAUG